GAGACAGCGCUGGCCGCUUUCUGGUGAUGUCACAGUCGGUCCGGAGUUUAUAGCAGAAAAGAAGAAUGAUAUGAUCAAGUAAAUAUUGGUAAGUUUAAAAGUCAGCUAUAGGAAAAUCUUUUCCAUUUUAUUCAAGAAUUGUUUCACGAUUUUCCGCAAGUUCACUUGCAAUUGACAACCAAGCUGCCCUUUAUAUUUCUGAUUACAUAAUUCCGUACAUUUCAUUUGUGUUCAGAACACCAGAUAAUGAAAUGCAAUGAAUUACUGACAGCAGCAAUCAUCUGUACUCAGUUCAUAUGACUUUGCACUUAGCCGAAAUUUGUCUGAUCUAUAUUUUUGGAAUCCGCCCCCUUGCUCACCCCGUCCCCUCCCCGACUGCCAAUUGUUUUAUUCACACAUUCAAAUGUGAGUGCCAUUUCAUUUAACAUACCCCCCUCCCUGUCAACAAAGUACUUUGAAAUUGUGGGCUAAAUCCUUGGGAAACUUGAGCAGCCCUCCAAUUUUCCGAAGCAACUACAGAAUACAGGGCCAUAUUUUAGAAGUGGCUUGGUGGCUUCCUAUUAAAGAUGGCUCAUUGGCUCAUCAGUCAGGACUACCAAGCCACCGACCAAACCGCCCCAAUAAAUAUACCUAGAAAAUUUGCCCUGUAUUCUGUAGUUAAGCUUAUCUUCCUUUCCUUGUAUAGGGGCAUUACAGUGCCAUACUUGCUAUAUUUCUCAUUUUAAUUAUAAGAUAAAUAGCUUCGACACUUGCCCAUUGAGUCAGUGAGCUUUAAGCGUAGUUUUCACUAGCACAUAAGUAUAAGCAUAAGCAUGAGUACAUGUGUGAGCAAAUGAAAACUGGGUCGACAUAAGCGUAAGCAUAAGCACAUGAAAAACGGACAAGUUCAUUCUUCUCGUGCUUAUGCUUAUGCUUAUGUUGUAGCUUUCACUAGUGAAAACUGGGUUCACAUCAUAAGCACAAGCACAAGGCCGUGGACCAGUCAUAGGCCACUUUGGCCCAGACCUCAUGUGAAUAUUUCAAAGGCAAUAUGGCGGAUGCUUCGUACGCCAUCUUGUUUAUCAUAUCGGGUUGAGGAGAGCUGGUAUCGAGAAUUGAGUCAAGUAUGCCAUUCUGUGCGUGUGUAUGUCCUUAUGCUUAUGCUUAUGCACUAGUGAAAACCAGGCUUUAGAAGUAUUUUGUCCAGCAAGAAAAUCCUCUUGUCCAGGAUAAUAAGACAGGCCUUUUUCAAGCUCUGCAAAAUUAUCUUAUCUCAAAUUAAUAAGCACGUGAUAAGUGUGAGAGAUAUACAGCUGCAUAUAUGUAUAUUAUUGCAAUAUCCUCACAGAGAUCAAGAAACAGUUACAACUCUCUUAUUGUUGAAUACUCUUGUCAUUGCUCUAUUCACAGGAAAAAAAAUUGAAAAUCCAUUAAUGUUUUUUUAAAUGGGAAAUGGUAUUUAAUCCAUUGUUAAAAACCAUCCAUGGGAAAGGCGAAUAAUUACCAUUCAUGGUUUUUUUUAAAAAUCCCAUUAAUGACAUUUGGUAAGUUUCACAUUGAUGGGUAAUAUACCAUCACAAUGGAAAUCAGGCAAUAACCAUGAACAUUUUGUCUGGUUAUUAAGCUUUUUCCAUGAUGUAAAUUAGCCCUUAAUUCAUGGGAAUUUGUGGUUUUGCCAUCAUAGUCAGGGAGCAUAUGUCAUAAAAUAAAUUUUCGUGGGAUUUCGAUGGUGAAAGCAAACCACCUACCUAGAUGUGUUAAGGGAAACCUGAGGAACACAAAAAAUAUUGUCGGCAAUUUUGUAACCUGCACCGGCGGUCGCUAUUGGGGGUCUGUUUUUAGACCUAUAUAGUUCAACAUGGAAUCAAGGGUCUAAUAUAAAAUGGCAUGUAAAUACAAUUAACUACAAUAAAUUUCCACAAAAAUACCAGAAAUCUUUAAUAUAGUCUAUCUAAUACAUAUCCAUAGACUUAAGUACUAAAUACUGAUCACAUGAUCAACACUGCACGAAAGCGAGGCUGGUCAUUUGUUGCCAUCAAAUAAGCAUCAAAGGCAUAAAUUUUGGUAUUGAAAAUUGAUCAGAGAGUUAAAUAUAUCAAAGUGAAUAUUCAUAUUUAAAAACUAUAUUCAAAUCAAUAGCUCAUUGGAAUCAGGAAAAAACAAUGAUUUUGGUCAGCGGUGAUUUUCAUCAUUUUAGAGGUCCGCCAUGUUGGAUUUACAGACCAUCUAGGGCGACAUGUUUUAUGGUGUUUAAGAAGAUAUGGAAACGGAUUCUGGUUGAAAAACAAACGAAACUGAGGCCCAAGGGUCGGAUUUACAUUAAUGUAUAAUUUGUUAAAGGAGAAAAAAAGAAAAUCUAGUUGAAAAGCCCGAAGCUCAUGAAAAAGUUUGGGUAUCGAUCGAGGAAUAGAGUAAAUACAGCAAUCUUCAGUACACAGAAGUGUGGAAAAAGUUGAGGUUUACUUCUGUCCAAGAGCUCGAGGAUGGGCGGGCAUCAUGGCAUAGAUCAUGUUAUAAAGAUGCAGUACAUGCUGAGAUGCUUAGCAGAGCAAGAGAAAGGUAUGAGAGGCAGCUCGAAGGCCACAAUGAGUCCAGGCCAAAAUCACGACCAGAUUCAUCAGUAGAAAUGCCUCAACUAACCCGUUCGAAAAACGUCUCCCUACAAUAAGAAUGUCUGUUCUUUCUACGAUGGCCCACCCGGUUACCGUAAGAACCUGCAUAAUAUCAGUACCUUUUCUGCUGGUGAGUCCCUUCGCACUGCCAUUGGGAUGUCAGGGAAUGAUAAGCUCUCAGUUAAGCUCAACACAUCAAUUUCUCCAGAUGAUGCUCAUUCGAUAGAUAUAAAGUACCACAAAAACUUCUGGGAAAUUCAAAUAUCGCACGUUUUGAAGAGAAACAUCCAAAUCAUCAUCUGCAAAGUUGGCUGGUGAGAUUGCAGCACAAAUGGAAUUCCUUACCAUGACAGAGAUGACUUUGAGGAGUGGAAAAGUGGCGACUAUGUCCGAAUUACAAGAUUCUUUUGAAAGCAUACUAGAAUCUAACAAUGUGGAAAAUCCGAGGGCGGACGAAAGGCCUUGAAGCAGUUACUACUCCGAGAGAUACCAGAGAUAGAGAUUCAUGCACCUAAACGUGUCAAUGAGUCCGAGCGAGUCAGUAUCAAGAAGACAAAGAGAUGAAACAAUCAGAUGGCUGAGGAUCAGACUGCAAAAAUAGACUCCUAUAUGAAAACUCUGUUUGAUGCCGCCGUAAUAAUUAGGAAAUCUAUCACCAAAUGUAGGAAGUGGAAGUUCACAGGUUCACUGGAAAACCUGCCUGAUGAGAAUGUACCAGCAGCGCUUUUUAGUUUUUAUAGAUGGAUUAUACAAGGCACAAAACAUGAGCUUUCUGCUGGAAAGAAAUCUGAGGAAGUGUACAAUCGUGCAAUGGCUCUAUCCCAGACCACUGUAUCGAUGUGUUUAACUGAGAGGCAAGUCAAAAAAUAAGAAGUCCGAUGUAAAUGACGAUCCUCGUUGGAAAUGCCGCUGCAGUUAGCCGUUGGGAUAGCUGUACACCAGGCCGUGGGAAACAAGCAGCUCAUACCCAUGCUACAUGGAUUUGGAAUGUCAUUGGACUACAACAGGAUCUUGAGAGUAGAGGCCCAAAUCGAAGCUAGCGUUCUAAGGCGCAUGGAGCUGAUUGAUGGUCUAUAUAUACCCCCUGAUUUAGUUUUGGGUAGGCACGUCUUUUUUUUGCGGUCGAUAAUGUGGAUUUCGAGAGGACACUCCUGGUGGCAAGAAUACCUUCCACGGCACAGCGAUGGCAAUCUAGCAAAGGCAGGAACCAGGCGAUGUAGCACCAGAGCUGACCGUGGAUCCCGGAGAUCAGUGUCGUCGCUCAAUCAGACAGCUUCCCGAGUCUGUGACAACCUUGCUAGAAUGUCCUGUGCCCCCGGAAAGCCUGUUGGUCCCACCUUCCCCAGUUUGGAUUGUGUACCAAGACAAACUUCCAUUGUACAUCAAGAAGCACGAUUUCACAUGGCUUCUCGGACGCAGUUUGACCAGAACGAUCACCAAAAGAGAAGUUGAAGAAGAUCAGCCCCCUAGUACCGACAUCCCAGUAUGGUCUGGCAAUAACUCCACUUUGAGUAGUUCCAUGCCGUUGACACGAGUUGGCACCUCUCCCCUGAUCUCUGCACCAGCACCCGAGUGGCAGACUGCUUACCAUUUUGAUGCAAACACAGAGUAUUAAGACGACUUGACAUGGGACUCUAUCAACUGGCAAAGAAGUUGCAGAUGACCCGUCAAGAUCUUGGGCAUAUAAUACAUCGUCCUGGUGAGGUACACAUCGUGAUGGACCAACCGCACAAUCGGUGCAUUCAUCGAGAAUAGCGGGCUGGACAUGUGCUGGGUCGAGUCGGAUCUCUAAGGGCCUUCCACUGUGAAGCAGAUUCUCGGUGGGAACCACGUGAAGAGAGGAGAAGCAGCGCACAUGGUUAUCUUACAAGCUCUCUUCAGCCUCUACCAGGAAGCCUUCUUCGUGAGACACCCAGCUGUGUUACUAUUGUUAAGAAGUCGGCUAACCAGUUAAGCGAUGCGUGUAAAAAAGGCAACAAACAAGUUAUUACAGCAAAGCACAAAGAACUGGCAAAGACCAUCGCUUCAACAGAGCUUGCUGCAAAGAUGGAGCAAUUUGAUGCUCAUCAUGAGGAUAGUCCACUGUUCAAGUUCACUUUCGAGGGUACAUGGCAAUGGUUAUGGAGAUGGUGGCGUUUAUCAGAGCCGUGCAGACUGGAGCGGGAUCUCCAUUUAGAAGCCUACAGUUGUUUGUGAAGUACUUCUUUGCGCAAGACAUGCUAAACCACGCUCACAUGAUUCCUGUUUACUUGGCAGAGAUGGAGAUAGUAAAGGAGACCGAUCCUGAAAUCUACCAGGAGUUCCAGAAUGGUAACUGGGUGGUGAAGAACAACGCUUGAAGGUAGCAUUCUGUGCCGUUGGCGCCGACGGGCCUGAACACGUCAAAAGAUCAAUGAAAGUCUCAGGUGG